AUGGCGGAGCGCGGAGGGGCCGGCGGCGGCAGCGCGGCCGGGGCCGGGGGCUUCGGGGGCGCGGGGCCGCGAGGCCCUGGGGCCGCCCAGUCCCCGCCGCCGACGCCGCCCCAGGCCCCGCAGCCCCCGGCCCCGGCAGCGGCCCCGGUCGCGUCGGCCGCGUCCUCCACGUCGGCGGCCGUCUCGUCCUCGACCACCUCGGCCGCCGGGCCCGGGGCCUCGGGCCCCGCCGCCCCCGGGCCCGGCCCGGGCCCCGCCGCCGCCGCCCCCGGGCGGCCCCCCGCCGCCAGCCCCGCGCCCGCCCCGGUGCAGAUGAACCUGUACGCCACCUGGGAGGUGGACCGGAGCUCGGCCAGCUGCGUGCCCAGGUUGUUCAACCUGACCCUGAAGAAACUCGUCAUGCUGAAGGAAAUGGACAAAGACCUGAACUCUGUGGUCAUCGCGGUGAAGCUGCAGGGCUCAAAAAGGAUCCUUCGGUCCAAUGAGAUCCUCCUUCCGGCCAGCGGCCUGGCAGAGACGGAACUUCAGCUGACCUUCUCCCUCCAGUACCCUCAUUUCCUCAAGCGUGAUGCCAACAAGCUUCAGAUCAUGCUGCAGAGGAGAAAGCGCUACAAGAACCGCACAAUCCUCGGCUACAAGACGCUGGCCGUGGGGCUGAUCAACAUGGCAGAGGUCAUGCAGCAUCCCAGCGAAGGUGCCCUCGUUCUCGGCCUGCACAGCAACGUGAAGGACGUCUCUGUCCCCGUGGCCGAAAUUAAGAUCUACUCGCUGUCCAGCCAGCCCAUUGACCAGGAAGGGAUCAAGUCUAAGCUGUCUGACCGUUCUCCUGACAUCGACAACUACUCUGAAGAGGAGGAAGAGAGCUUUUCGUCGGAGCAGGAGGGGAGCGAUGACCCUUUACAUGGCCAGGACUUGUUCUAUGAAGAUGAGGAUCUACGAAAAGUGAAGAAAACCCGGAGGAAACUGACCUCAGCGUCUGCCAUCACGAGGCAACCCAACAUCAAACAGAAGUUUGUGGCCCUGCUGAAGAGGUUUAAAGUCUCCGAUGAGGUGGGCUUUGGGCUGGAGCACGUAUCUCGGGAGCAGAUCCGGGAGGUAGAGGAAGACUUGGAUGAGCUCUAUGACAGUCUGGAGAUGUACAACCCCAGUGACAGCGGGCCCGAGAUGGAGGAGACGGAGAGCGUCCUGAGCACCCCCAAGCCCAAGCUCAAGCCCUUCUUUGAGGGAAUGUCUCAAUCCAGUUCCCAGACGGAGAUCGGCAGCCUCAACAGUAAAGGCAGUCUGGGGAAGGACACCACCAGCCCUAUGGAAUUGACUACUCUGGACAGAGUCAAAGCUACUUCUUGGAUCAAAAACCCGGACGACAGUCUGACUGAGAAUGAUCCUCUGGACAUCAGUGACCAGGACAUGUUUGGAGACAGCAGCACCACCCUAGUUGUGCCGGAGAAAGUGAAAACACCCAUGAAGUCUGGCAAGGUGGAUCUCCAGGGCUCUGCCUCCCCCAGCAAAAUGGAUGGGGUGCACACCCCCAGGCAGAAAAGGAGCACCCCACUGAAGGAACGGCAACUUUCCAAGCCUCUGAGCGAGAGGACCAACAGUUCGGACAGUGAGCGCUCUCCUGACCUUGGCCACAGUGCCCAGAUCCCAAGAAAGGUGGUGUAUGAUCAGCUAAAUCAGAUCCUGGUGUCUGACGCAGCCCUCCCAGAAAAUGUCAUCCUCGUGAACACCGCUGACUGGCAGGGCCAGUAUGUGGCAGAGCUGCUUCAAGACCAGCGGAGGCCUGUGGUGUGCACGUGUUCCACCGUGGAAGUCCAUGCUGUGCUCUCUGCCCUGCUCACCCGAAUCCAGAGAUACUGUAACUGCAACUCGUCCAUGCCAAGGCCCGUGAAGGUGGUAGCCGUGGGCGGGCAGAGCUACCUGAGCUCCAUCCUCCGGUUCUUUGUCAAGGCCUUGGCCAACAAGACAUCUGACUGGCUGGGCUACAUGCGUUUCCUCAUUGUCCCCCUGGGUUCUCACCCUGUUGCCAAGUACAUCGGCUCAGUGGACAGCAGGUACAGCAGCACCUUCCUUGACCCGGCCUGGAGGGAUUUGUUCAGUCGCUCGGAGCCCCCAGUUUCAGAACCGCUGGACGUGGUGGGUCGUGUGAUGCAGUACGUGAGUGGGGCUGGUGUGACACACCAGCUUCCUGUGGCGGAGGCCAUGCUGACCUGCAGACACAAGUUCCAAGACGAAGAUUCCUACCAGAAGUUUAUCCCCUUCAUUGGGGUGGUCAAAGUGGGCCUGGUGGAAGACUCUCCUCUCACAGCAGGCGAUGGUGAUGAUGCACCUGUGGUCAGCCUCACCGUCCCCUCCACGUCCCCACCUUCCAGUUCUGGCCUGAGUCGUGAUGCGUUGGCCACACCCCCUUCUUCUCCCUCCAUGAGCAGUGCCCUGGCAGUGGUUGGGAGUCCCAACAGCCCGUAUGGGGACGUCAUCGGUCUGCAGGUGGACUAUUGGCUGGCCCACCCCGGGGAGCGGCGGCGAGAAGGAGAGAAGAGGGACGCCAGCUCCAAGAACACCCUCAAGAGCGUUUUCCGCUCGGUGCAGGUGUCCCGGCUGCCCCACGGCAACGAGGCACAACUCUCUGGAACCAUGGCCAUGACCGUGGUCACCAAGGAGAAGAACAAGAAAGUGCCCACCAUCUUCCUGAGCAAGAAGCCUCGAGAGAAGGAGGUGGACUCCAAGAGCCAAGUCAUCGAGGGUAUCAGCCGCCUCAUCUGCUCGGCCAAGCAGCAGCAGACCAUGCUGAGAGUGUCCAUUGACGGCGUGGAGUGGAGUGACAUCAAGUUUUUCCAGCUGGCUGCUCAGUGGCCCACCCACGUCAAGCAUUUCCCAGUGGGCCUGUUCAGUGGUAGCAAAUCCACCUGACCGCCCUGCCUCCAGGCCGAGGACCCCACUGUUCUCCCUUUGUGUCGUCUGCUAGUCCGGGCUCCUCCUGGGUGGGAGGGGGAUGCCAGCAGGCCUGGGACCUGAGGGUCCCCUUCCCUUGCACUGGGGUCUACCUCUUCCCUUGCCCGCUCCCGAGGGACACUGCCACUGGGGAAGCUGGUCACUCUCCCCACCCUCCUGUAUCUUUCCUCCCCCUCCCCCACUUGGGCCCCGAGCCCAUCAAUCACUGGAAUUUAAGCAGACUUUUCCAAGGGGGCCCCUUCAUUGGACCCCACCCCUACCCCCUCCUGGAGUCUUGAGUCCACCCAAGGGACAAACCAUUCCUGGCCCCUGCCUGGUUAGUUACUAGCCUCUCUGCAUUUAAGGCCACUGUCUCCCAAAGUUGCUUGUCCCCCUCCUUUCAGGCUGCGGUCCCCUGUGGGUACCCAGCCAUUUGUCAGGAGUUAGUUCAUUGCCCUCCUGUCCCCACAAAUAUCAUCUCUGCCUCAAGUCAACUUGGCUUUCCCAAGGAGACGGAAGGGUCAGCCCAGGACAGAGGCAGGCUGGGCAGCCGUGCCUCUCUGUCUCCUGCUGCCCCUUCCCCCCACAGGCCCUACCGAGUGCCCCCAGUGUCCCCAGGAGUGUCUGUGUCAGUGUGUGUGUCCUUGAGAAUUCAUUGGCUCCUGUUCCCCAGUGCCCCACCCCUCUGUGACUCCCAUGCACUCCAGGCCUUGUGCCCUCCAGCUCCUCCAUUCCAACAUUCCUGCCCACCUUGCAGCCUCAUCCUGCCUUUCCCAGGCUCCAGUCCUGGCACACCAGCCCAGUUGUCUGUCUUCGCCCCUCCUCCCUCUGUGAGCCCCUUGCCCUAAGGAGCAGCUUCCCCAUCGGAGCCAAGACCCUGCUAGGAUCCCUCCCCACAGCCUCCUCCUGGACCCAGGUGUCUGAACCCUAGCUUCCUCCCCCCCGCCCCACCCCAGACCUUGGGGGGAUUUUAUUCCGAGGGGAGGGGGUGCUACAACAGUCAGUCCUCUGCUGUUCUGUCCACUGAGAGCCUCUUCCCUACCCCCAAGAUCGUCCCAGUCCCAGAGGUUUGGAUAGAACUUUGUUCUGAAAGACGUUAUCCUAGCUCAGCCCUCCUGUCCUGUUACUCAGUCCUGCUGUCCAAAGCACCUUGCCUGGGCGCAGCUCUUCUCUCAGUUGGGGCCGUGGGUAUGGGGGGAGUUGCUGUUGGAUUUUUCAUUCAAUAAACUGGUGAUUUCUUAC